AUGUCGCUCAUUGACCUUUCAGCGGACGUUGCUGACAAGAUCUGUGAAUAUCUGACUCAACAAGAAAUGUCAGUGCUCCGAGGAACCUGUCAGACCAUCAAAAGGUACCUCGACAAAUCAAUCUUUUUCAAGCAAUCGGAAAUUUCACUUCAGUACGUCGUUUAUAGCCACAUUACCGGAAUCUUCUUCACCCAGUGUUAUGUCCAAACAAGCGUCGACAGUUUUCUCGGAUUCAUGAACCUUUUCUCGAUCAAGGAGUUCGAAAUUGUUGAUUGUGAACUCGAUUCUUCCAUCAUCACAAGUGAACUUAUUACUGGGCAGGCAAGACUUGAGGUUUUCUUGGUUUGGCCUGUCAGGAAGAAGGUGUUGCGCUCGCUCAAUGACGCCCUUCUUCGCCAUUGGUUGACGUGCGAUCAGUUACCGCGAAAAUUUUUGCUUAAGAAUUGCCGUGCCGGAUUUAGUGACAUUGCCAAAAACCACUUCAUGGCUGAACUUCAGAGACGCUUGGGUCCGCGCUCUUUUCGCUUCAUCGACAUUCUCGAAACAAGAUUUGAAGUUUUUGCUACUGCUCCGAUCCGCUAG